UAUCUAUCUAUCUAUCUAUACUGUAAUAAUACUAUAGCCACUAGAAUACGCAAGGCCAGACAAAGUAAAGGCUCACACAAGCGACGUUAUGUAGGGGCUAAGAGUCUCUUACACCCAACAUUGGCUCAUUACAUAAAAAGAUGACAUUACUUCAUAUUGCUGGAGCUGACAAUACUGUGAUAGAUCCUCUUUCUCCUUCUGCCUCCAGACCCACCAUGAGGAUCCACACAUCUCCAGUUCUCCUUUUCGCUCUUCUCUGUGGAGCGAUACGGAGCGCCGCUUUCACAAUCUGUGCCUUCAACAUGCAGAGCUUUGGUGAUUCCAAGGCAGCCAAUGAGAGAAUCAUGACAACCUUGGUCAGGGUUCUGUCUCGCUACGAUGUGUGUCUGCUUCAGGAGGUGAGAGACGGUCGAGGGAAAGCAAUCCCUACCCUGCUGUCGCUGCUCAACAGUUAUGAUGAAGCCCAUCAGUACGCUUAUGUGGCCAGCGAGCGUUUGGGUAGAACCCCUAUUUACCAAGAGCAGUAUGUCUUUGUCUACAGAAAAGGUUCAGUAACUGUGAGGGACCAGUACCAGUACCCUGACAUACAAAAGGGUGAUGAGGAUGCUUUUGCUAGGGAGCCCUUUGUGCUCCGCUUGCUAGCGCCCCGCACAAUGAUUGGAGAGUUUGUCCUAAUUCCUCAGCACACGACCCCCUCCAACGCCACCAAAGAGAUUGAUGAGCUAUAUGAUGUCUUCCUAGAUGUUAAAAAGAAGUGGGGAAUUGAGGAUGUGAUGUUCCUUGGCGACUUCAACGCUGCAUGUGGAUACGUGGCAAAGAAAAACAGGAAGAACAUUAGGCUCAUGUCCGAGCCAGGAUUUGCUUGGCUGAUUGACGAUAAAGUUGAUACGACGGUCAAGGAUACCACUAACUGUGCCUAUGACCGUAUCGUUGUGCAUGGAGAACGGUUCCUGAGAGCCAUCGUACCUAAUUCUGCAAGACCCUUCGAUUUUGCUAAAGAUUUCCACCUGUCACAGGAGCAGGCGUUGCAGGUGAGUGACCACUAUCCCGUGGAAGUAAAGCUGAAGACGUUAAGCUCCUCGGGUCAGGAACAGACAUCCGUUGACUGGCGGCUCGUCAUCUCUCUGGCCGUAUUUGUCAUUUCUACCCCUUCACCCGACUGGGGGUGAAGAGUGACUGGAGCCUUUUUUUUUUUAGUUCAGACGAUGUGUGUGUGUGUGUGUAAAUUAUGAACAUGAAUGUAUUAUCUAGCUGGCACUGAUUAUAAAAAAAAUUAAUUUUCAGUUAUCAUUGGGUAAUUGCACAUUGUUACCAGGGGGAAAUGCAGUUUUAUUGAAGAGAUACAUCUCACUGAGGAACAGUAAGGCAUUUUUUUUUCAACCAACAAACUUUUUGUUGUGCUUACUUUUUUAACCAGUGUACUGUUUCACUUUAAGAUACAUCCAAGUUAAAACUGUGGGUCUUUAUUUUCAGUUUAGGUCUAUUUAUAACAGUACAACGCAUUAUACUGUCGACAUUGUCGGUUUUUCUGAUGCUUCCGUUACAGCUCUUCUAUAAUUCUGUUAAUGUCCUUGAAUUCAGUCCUUUAUCAUUUUCAAUCUAUUUCUGUAUUCAAGAAGCUAUUCUAGCAAAUUUGUUUUUAAUCCAAAGAUCAAGGUAUGCUUCAGUUUUGCACUUGAACACAGGCACAAUAUGAUGGCAAAUCAAAAUACCACUCAGAAGCUCAGGUUGUUUCUGUAUACUCUGUAUUAUGCAGUUUGCACACUUACCUUGAAUACAACUGAAUUGCAGCUACACUAUAAUUACCAUCUUUUUGAAGCUUUUGUUGAGAAAACGUUACAUGGGUACUAAAUCAGCUGAAUCACGUGGUAAUAUUA